GGAUAACCCCUCAUUCCCCAGCCUGCCCUCGACUUUUGUUUCCCACCACCGUAACGUUUCAGUUGGACUAUAUUGCACGCAAGACAGCCUAGGCUUUAUCCUAUUCCGAACUUGAUCCUCCAGACAUCGCUUCGAUUACAGAACGCAAAGCAAAGUCACAAUGGGAACCGAAUGUCAAACUUCAGCUCAGGCAGAUGGAAAGGACCCCCCAAAAAGGUCACCUCAAACGGAAUUCCCUCCACUGACGGCGGGCAGCUCAUCUCAAGCCGGUGCCCAAAGGGACGAACGAUUUCCCCCUAAGACUCAGGCGCUUACCCAAACCGCGUCUCCCUUGUCUCAACCCCCGGCAACGACAGGGCAACUCCGGGCCAAAAUCGACAGCCUGAUUAAGAGCCAGCAGGUUCCAAACGUGGGCGACCCCGAGGAGCGGAGCAAGCUCCUGAGAGAAACGUUUAUCAAUAACGUCUGGCCCGCCGUGCAAGGUAACUACAAGAGGAUGGUGGAGGGGCUCAGGGAGCUGUUGGAAAAAGGUCUCAUGAAUGAAGGCAUCCAUGCUGGGCUCUCCGCGCGAGUCAAAGAGGUCGAGUCUAUCGACAAGUCCCUUCGGCGACGUGACGAUCAUCUCGCCAAGGACAAGGCAAAGCGAUUCGAAAGCUUGGACGACGUGCUGCGCCACAUGAGCCUUAGGCCCUUGCAGAUAGAUUAGAUAGGCAGACCCGCCCGAUAAGGGCGAUAAGGGUGGCCAUGCACGCACAGGAUAUCUUGUGCGUGCACCGCCCUCCCUGCGGGCCUGGAUUGCUUCCUGCAACCUACUUCAAGCUACUACCUGCCACCAUA